AUGGACGAUCUAGAAAAGGCUAUUCUUAUAAGUUUUGAUGAAUUGGGGACUGUGGAUUCAGCAUUAAAAUCACAAGCAGUCGCCUUUUGUCAGCAAAUUAAAGAGACUCCAUCAAUUUAUGGUAUAUGUAUUGAAAAACUGUGUUUUUCUAAGCUGGUUCAAGUCCAGUUUUGGUGCUUACAAUGUCUACACGAGAUUCUUCGUGUUAGGUACUCAUCUAUGAGUCCUGAAGAGAAGUCUUUUAUAAGGAACACACUGUUUUCGAUGGCAUGUUGUGAGGGUGGUGUCGAUGGUAACGGCUCAGUUAGGGUUUUGGAGGGUCCAGCAUUUAUCAAGAACAAGCUUGCUCAGGUUUUGGUUAAUUUAAUAUAUAUUGAGUACCCGCAUAUUUGGUCCUCCGUGUUUAUUGAUUUUCUGCCGAAUCUGAGCAAAGGUGCAGUGGUAAUUGAUAUGUUUUGUCGUGUUUUGAAUGCAUUGGACGAUGAGUUAAUCAGCUUGGACUACCCCCGAAGUGCUGAGGAGUUGGUUGUUGCGGGGAGAAUUAAGGAUGCAAUGAGGCAGCAGUGUAUUACUCAGAUUGUUAGAGCAUGGUACGACAUUGUAUCGAUGUACAGAAAUUCGGACCCUGAUUUAUGUGCCAGUGUUUUGGAUUGUGUGAGGAGAUAUAUUACUUGGAUUGACAUUGGGUUAAUUGUGAAUGACACAUUUAUUGGUCUGGUAUUCGAGUUACUGUUGGUUGUUGGAUUGCCAGAUCAACUCCGGUGUGCUGCUGCUGGUUGUGUUCUUGCGGUAGUUUCUAAGCGGAUGGAUACGCAAGCAAAGCUUACCCUUUUGAAGAGCCUUAAUAUAAGUAGGGUAUUUGGUUUGGUAGCCAAGGAGAAUGACUCUGAAUUUGUUUCAAAAGUGGCUUCCUUGCUAGCUGGGUAUGCUGCGGAAGUUCUAGAGUGCUCUAAGCGUUCAAACUCUGAGGAUGACAAGGGUGUAUCAAUGCAGCUCUUGAAUGAGGUUUUGCCUUCAGUUUUCUAUGUAAUGCAGAAUUGCGAGGUUGACACGACAUUCAGUAUUGUGCAGUUUCUCUCUGGAUAUUUUGCCACAAUGAAGAGCCUUUCUCCACUGAGGGAGGCACAACUGCUUCAUGUCAGUCAGAUAUUGGAAGUGAUUCGAGCACAGAUUCGAUUUGACCUGGUUUACCGUGACAAUAUUGAUGCAUUGGAUAGAAUUGGGAGAGAAGAGGAAGAUAGGAUGGUGGAGUUCCGGAAGGAUUUAUUUGCAUUGGUUCGCAGUGUAGGUCGUGUAGCACCUGAUGUUACUCAGGUUUACAUUAGAAACUCAUUAGCUAAUGCUGUUGCAUCUUCUGCUGAUAGGAAUGUUGAGGAGAUAGAAGCUGCACUUUCCCUCUUCUAUGCAUAUGGAGAGUCACUAAGUGACGAGGCAAUGAGAACUGGUACUGGUAUGAUGAGAGAGCUGGUGCCAAUGCUCUUAUCAACUAGGUUUCCUUGCCAUACUAAUAGGAUUGUAGCACUCGUGUAUUUGGAGACAAUAACAAGAUAUAUGAAGUUUGUUCAGGAGAAUACCCAAUAUAUACCCUUGGUUUUGGCUGCCUUUCUUGAUGAACGAGGUAUACACCAUCCAAAUGGGAAUGUUAGUCGAAGGGCUAGUUAUCUGUUUAUGAGGGUUGUGAAAUUACUCAAAUCAAAGCUUGUUCCUUUCAUUGAGACGAUUUUGCAGAGUCUGCAAGAUACGGUUGCUCAAUUUACUGCUAUUGAUUGCACUUUGAAAAUGCUUUCGGGAUCUGAAGAUGGUAGCCACAUUUUUGAGGCAAUCGGCUUAUUAAUUGGAAUGGAAGAUGUACCAUUGGAAAAGCAAUCUGAUUAUCUUUCAGCGUUGCUUACUCCUCUUUGUCAGCAGGUUGAGGUGUUACUCUUGAAUGCCAAAGUUCAGAACCCAGAAGAGUCUCCUACAAGGAUUGCAAAUAUUCAGCAGAUUAUUAUGUCCAUUAACGCCCUCAGCAAGGGUUUCAGUGAGCGUCUCGUAACAGCUAGUCGGCCCGCAAUUGGUCUGAUGUUUAAGCAGACAUUAGAUGUUCUCCUACAAAUUCUUCUUGUAUUUCCAAAGAUAGAGCCCUUGCGGUGUAAGGUCACAUCAUUUAUUCACAGGAUGGUGGACACUUUAGGAGCAUCUGUAUUUCCUUAUCUUCCGAAGGCAUUGGAACAGUUGCUUACGGAGAGUGAGCCUAAGGAACUAGCGGGUCUUCUGUUGUUGAUCAAUCAGCUUAUUUGCAAAUUCAACACUGCAGUCCAAGAGAUAUUAGAGGAAGUAUACCCUGCUAUUGCUAGUAGGAUAUUUAAUAUUCUCCCAAAGGAUGGGUUUCCUUCAGGGCCUGGGAGCAAUACUGAGGAAAUCCGUGAAUUACAAGAACUUCAGCGGACAUUGUACACAUUUCUUCAUGUGAUAGCUACACAUGAUCUGUCUUCAGUUUACCUUUCUGCCAAAAGUAGGGGCUACUUGGACCCAAUGAUGCAGUUGCUACUGCACACGUCUUGUAAUCAUAAGGAUGUUACUGUCAGAAAGGCAUGUGUGCAAAUAUUUAUUCGACUUAUUAAAGACUGGUGCACUACGCCUUAUGGUGAAGAAAAGGUACCUGGGUUCCAAAAUUUUGUAAUUGAGGCCUUUGCAACAAACUGCUGUUUGUACAGCGUGCUUGACAAGUCCUUUGAGUUUCAUGAUGCGAAUACUCUUGUCUUGUUUGGAGAGAUAGUAUUGGCUCAGAAGGUCAUGUAUGAGAAGUUUGGCAAUGAUUUUCUUGUUCAUUUUGUAUCAAAAGGUUUCCCCACUGCACACUGGCCUCGAGAUUUGGCAGCGCAAUAUUGUCAAAAGUUGCAGUCUUUGGCACUGACUGGUCCUGUUCAAGUUUUUGGGAUUGCAAAGCCCAAGACUGAGCUUGCCUGGUUUCAGGCCAAUGACUGCAUUCUUUUUGCAGCUGGUAAUGAUAUCAAGGCGCUCAAAUCAUUCUACCAGUCACUAAUUGAAAAUUUGAGACUGCAACAAAAUGGAACUCCUGCCAAGUCAUUUUUGUCACCAAAGGUGUUUAUCAAUAGCUUUUCUGUGCAUCCUAUAUCAAACUUGAUACCCUCUGUUCAGUAUAUCUGUAAGGAUGCGCUUAUGUUUUUGAGUGUUUGCAGGGUUCUUUAUUUGUUGUACAUAUCACUUUCUGGCUGUUACAUGGACGGCGAGGUAUGGAUGAUUACUCUCUGA